AUAUAUGGCUAUAUAAGCUAGUAACAUCUUCCCCUGACCUUCUAAGGAAAAGUAGCAAAAGAUGAAGGCAAAAAACAUAUUUGGCAGCCACUUUAUUUCAACAGCUCAAUUAUUAGUACUACUCAUCUUCUUUGUUUCCUCAUUCUUCCAUGCAAAUACCUUAACUUCAUCUGGCAAAAAUGGCAGAGAAGCAAUAGAAAUCAUAAUUGGAGGAGGAGAUGUCCCUCCCAUUGCUCCUGCUUAUCCUCCUUCUAAUGGAGAUGAACCAAUAUGCCCUCUUCCUCCUCCUCCUCCAGAGCCACUUUGUCCCCCUCCAAUGCCCCCACCCUCACCCAAACCCCCAAAGACUCCACUUCCUCCCAAACCCAGAGUAUCCCCACCCCCACCCCCACCCUCUCCCAAACCCAGAGUAUCCCCACCCCCCUCCAAUGAUCUACUAGCAUCAGCCAUAGGUGUCAUUCAAAGAUUUAAAAGGACAAUAACUAAAGACCCUUUUAACGUUACAGGAACAUGGGAAGGCAAAGACAUUUGCAAAGACAAAACCAAGUAUAAAGGUUUCAUUUGCAACAACAACAAAGUUGUUGCUGUCGAUUUCAAUGGUUUUCGCUUAGAGGGAAAGCCUCUGUCCCUGAAGGAUUUCCUUAAUGGAAUCAAGACUCUGGAAAUUUUCCAUUCCAACUCCAACAACUUUACUGGAGAAUUACCCAAUGAUAUAUCAACCCAGAAGAUCCAAAAUCUUUUCGAGCUAGAUUUGAGCAAUAACAAAUUUAUGGGUACUUUUCCAAAAGCUGUUCUUAGUGCCACCAGGUUAACUUAUUUGGAUAUCAGAUUCAACCAGAUAAAAGGUCUAGUCGAUCCUCAAGUAUUCACACUAGACCUUGAUAUUCUUUUUCUUAACGACAAUUAUUUUUCCGGGAAAAUCCCGGAAAAUUUAGGCCGUACUCCUGCCCUGUUUCUUACACUAGCCAACAACCAAUUUACUGGUGAAAUCCCCAAAAGCAUUGGCCAGGCCAAGGGAAACCUCUUGGAGGUUGUCAUGUUUAAUAAUCAACUUACUGGUUGCUUGCCUUACGAGAUAGGCAUGUUGAAAUUGGCAUCUGUAUUUGAUGCUAGUAAGAACAAAUUAACAGGUCCAAUCCCGCAAUCUUUCGGUUGCCUUGAGCAAAUGGAAUUGAUGAAUCUGUCUUACAAUCAAUUGUAUGGCGAAGUACCGGAAACGUUGUGCAAGAUCAGCUGCUUGGAUAAACUCACUUUGAAAUACAACUAUUUCACACAGGUUGGACCAGAAUGUCGGAAACUGAUAGAGGAGAAUGUACUUGAUGUUGGCAUGAAUUGCAUUAUUGAUCUUGAGAACCAGAGAAAACCAGAGGAAUGCGAAGCUUUCUUUUUGCAAAACAAGAAAUGCCGGGAUAUGAAAUCACUAAGCUACGUGCCUUGUAAUAUUCAUGAGCUCUCUUCUAGGAAGAAUUCUGCAUGUCCAGCUAAACGUGGCGAUGCAAUGGCUCGUUCUACUACUUAUGCUGCCAUCAAUAAACCUCACCUCUGAUUUAUCUACCAUUUGUAAUUCUCUAGUGUAAUUUUUAUAAUUAUCUAUGUGGAUUCUUGACUUAUAUUUACUUGUUUUAUGUAUUGAAUUUGUAAGUACUGAGUAUAAGCUUUUGGUCUUUUGGAGCAAA